CAGCUGCUUGAGCACUGCAUUGCACGGAGUGUUGCUGACUUUCAGUCACAAACACUCUCACAUAAACAAGGGAGAAAAGAGAGAAACAGGAAGGAUGCCGUCCGGUUCGUCGCAGCUGCGGGUGCAAAUGUGAACGAAGAAGAGGAAACCUCGGUCACGUCCUGGGUUCCACCACACUGCCAACUCCCUCUGCUCGCCGCUGCGUCCCUCUCACACUGAAGAGGGAUUACACUUGUGUGUGUGUGUUUGAUCUCUCGUUGGUACAUCUGGAACUCUUUGAGACUCGAACAUGGAGUCUCCCACCAAAGAGAUCGAGGAGUUUGAAAGCACGGCCCUGAAGUACCUGCAGCCGGAACAGAUUGAGAAGAUUUGGCUCAGGCUCCGUGGACUGCGCAAGUACAAGAAGACGUCCCAGAGAUUACGAUGUCUGGUGAAGCAACUGGAGAGAGGAGAGGCUUCCCUCACGGAUCUCAAGAAGAACCUGGAGUAUGCAGCGCUGGUGCUAGAAUCUGUUUACAUCGAGGAGACGAGACGCUUGGUGGACACAGAGGAUGAGCUCAGUGACAUCCAGUCAGAGUCGGUGCCCUCGGAGGUGCGGGAUUGGCUGGCCUCCACCUUCACCCGGCAGAUGGGCCUGAUGCUGCGCCGCAGUGAAGAGAAGCCUCGCUUCCGCAGCAUCGUCCACGCCGUCCAGGCUGGCAUCUUUGUUGAGAGGAUGUACCGACGCACCUCCAACAUGGUGGGACUCAGCUACCCGCCUUCCGUCAUAUCUGUGCUUAAGCAUGUGGACACGUGGUCGUUUGACGUGUUCGCUCUGAAUGAGGCCAGCGGGGAUCACUCACUCAAAUUCAUAUUCUACGAGUUGCUGACAAGAUACGACCUCAUUAGCCGAUUCAAGAUCCCGAUCUCUGCGGUGGUGUCGUUCGUGGAGGCCCUAGAAGUGGGAUACAGCAAACAUAAAAACCCCUACCACAACCUGAUGCACGCUGCUGAUGUCACACAGACUGUACACUACUUGCUGCUCAAUACUGGCAUGGUGCAUUGGUUGACUGAGCUGGAGAUCUUUGCCAUGAUCUUUGCGGCGGCGGUGCAUGACUACGAGCACACGGGGACCACAAACAACUUCCAUAUUCAGACGAGGUCGGACACAGCUAUCCUGUACAAUGACCGCUCAGUGUUGGAGAGUCACCACGUCAGCGCAGCUUACCGCCUGCUGCAGGACGACGAUGAGAUGAACAUCCUCUACAACCUCUCCAAGGACGACUGGAUAGAGCUCCGGGCUCUGGUGGUGGAGAUGGUGCUGGCCACAGACAUGUCCUGCCACUUCCAGCAAGUUAAGACCAUGAAGAACUUCCUACAACAGCCUGAGGGCAUUGACAAGCCCAAAGCUCUGUCCCUGCUGCUGCACACGGCAGACAUCAGCCACCCGGCCAAAAGCUACGACCUCCACCACCGCUGGACCACCUCCCUACUGGAGGAGUUCUUCAGACAGGGGGACAAAGAAUCAGAGCUCGGCCUGCCCUUCUCUCCGCUCUGCGACCGAAAGUCCACAAUGGUGGCCCAGUCCCAGAUCGGGUUCAUUGACUUCAUUGUGGUUCCCACUUUCUCCGUGCUGACGGACAUGAUGGAGCACAUCAUCAAGCCUCUCAUCGACGAGGCCUCCCAUUCAGGUUCCGCCGGCUUCAGGCGCUCAAGUCUGAACAGUGUUGGCUCCGACGAGGUCAAGAGGCACAGUGGGAAGAGCUCUGACAGCAGCGCGUCGGGACAAAACUCUCUGACGUUGGACCUGAAUAACUUCAAGGCGCUGUGGAACGAAGAGGUGUACCAGAACAGAGAGAGGUGGAAAGCUCAGGCGGCUAAAGAGGCGGAGGAGAGAGCUAAAAGGGAAGCGGAGGAGCAAGCCCAACAGGAUGAGGCUAUGGAGCCCCAGGAGGUCCACACAGAACCAGAAGAGCCUGAACCAAAGGAGGACCAACUGGAAGGGGAGGCGGGGGGGGAGGGGGAGGAGGAGGGGGAGGAGCUUGAGUCAUUGGAGGUCAAACCACCAGAUGGCAACAUGGGGGAAACAGAGCAGGGAGCGCAGCCUGGCAGCGCCACUCACAAGAAUCCUCCACUGCAGAACGGAGAGCUGUCUGAAGGGACUGUAUCUCCAGAGGGGGAAGGAAACAAGAACAAAGGAGACGACGAGUUGGCGAUGGAAUAAGCGAGCUGUAAAGAGCCACGGCCUCACACCUGAACCUGCUUUUAAGGACUCAAACUCACAGAAGAGGAAAGGCCAUUAGUUGGACUGCGUCGCCCUCUACAGGA